AUGAAGACCUUCACUGUCGUUGCUGCUUUGGCCGCAGCUGGUUCCGUCUUUGCUUCGCCCACUCCCACAGAAGAACUCGUUGCACGAGCAUCCUCGACAUCUCUCACAGCAAUCACCGUGAAGGGAAAUGCAUUCUUCCAAGGAACUAGCAGAUUCUACAUUCGAGGUGUCGAUUACCAGCCAGGAGGAUCCUCGAAGCUGGUCGACCCGAUCGCAGACACAACCUCUUGCACGCGUGAUAUUGCUGAAUUCCAGAAGCUGGGCAUUAACACCGUCCGUAUCUACACGGUCGACAAUACCGCCAACCACGAUGCAUGCAUGAGCGCUCUAGCAGCGGCAGGAAUCUACCUCGUGCUCGAUGUCAACACUCCUCUCUACUCACUCAACCGAGCCAGCCCAGCUGCUUCCUACAACUCCGUCUACCUUCAGAAUAUCUUCGCUACCAUUGAUGCGUUCGCCAACUACACCAACACGUUGGCUUUCUUCUCCGGUAACGAGGUUAUCAACGACGAUACCACGACCUCUGCUGCUCCAUACGUCAAGGCUGUCACUCGUGAUAUGAGACAAUACAUUGGAAGCCGUGGAUACCGUCAAAUCCCCGUUGGAUACUCAGCUGCUGAUGUGGAUUCCAACCGUCUCGAGAUGGCCGAAUACAUGAACUGCGGAACUGACGAUGAGCGUUCCGAUUUCUUCGCUUUCAACGAUUAUUCUUGGUGUGACCCUUCUUCUUUCCAGAUCUCCGGCUGGGAUCAGAAGGUUAAGAACUUCACUGGUUAUGGCCUCCCUAUCUUCCUUUCCGAAUACGGUUGCAACACCAACACCCGUAAAUUCGAAGAAGUAGCCGCCCUCUACAACACCGAAAUGACCAGCGUCUACUCCGGCGGUCUCGUCUACGAGUACUCCGAGGAAGGCAGCAACUACGGACUCGUGACUAUCAGCUCAAGCGGAACCGUCACCGAAGGCGCAGAUUUCACCUCUCUCCAAACCGCCUUCAAGGGAACCGCUAAUCCUACCGGAGACGGAGGAUACAAUUCUACUGGUGGCGCAUCAGGCUGCCCUGUUCAAUCCGCAAACUGGAACGUUACCUCUGAUGCCCUCCCAGCCAUCCCAUCCGGUGCCGCAGCGCUCAUGAAGAAGGGCGCAGGUGUUGGAGCCGGUCUUACUGGAGCAGGAUCCCAAAAUGCAGGUGGAACUUCGACCGGUACGGCUACGGCUGGCUCUGGAUCCAUUACUGCGACUGCUACAUCCACAUCCAAGAGCGCAGCUACCUCCCUCCAAAGCUUCGACAAGACGCCUCUGAUGAUGACAGCUUUCGUGCUCGGAAUGAGCUUCCUCGGUGCCGCCCUUCUAUAAGGAAAACAAUGAAAAUUUGUGAGAAAUAGAUACGGACGGUGUAUAUAUGGUUCGAUAUGGUAAUAGUAUCAACGACAGGCAGGGUCUGGAGCACAUAAUUAUUGUUUUGGGUCGUCCGGGAACAUCAUCAAACGACUGGGCAUUUCUGGUGUUCUUUUUUUAUAUCUUAGUUGGCUUUCUCUUUUGUUUGUUUACCCUUCUUGGCUGAGAUUUUAGUGUGGGCAGGGAUUGCUACACAUGGAAUGAAUCGAGCCGACAAGAUGGAAGGAUACUAUUAUGUUGUGAGAGAAUAGAAUUGAACUUCAAACCUUAUUUCUCUGUCUCUGUGCUGCUUAUCUCGUGGCUAUGUUUUGCAUGCCUGGUC